UAAUUUUUUUUUCUACAAUCGAAAAAAAAAGAAAAAAAAAGAAAAUCAGAUCAAAGAGUUCAACAAAGCGCCUCUUGUGUUCCACAUUCGAUUUUUACUUUAUUUAUUAUCCAACCCAAAACAAAGAGAAAUUCAGUUCACAGAAAGGAAAAAAAAAAAAAAAAAAGGAAGAGAAAGAGAGAGAAAAAGAGAGAAAUCACAGACACGUAAAUCAGAUCAAACGAAAACUGUUCGUUUAUUCUCAAUUUCUCAUGAUUCACCGGAAGAUGAAGAAGAGUCCUGAAUUCAAGAAAUCGAUUUCCAUGAAUUCGCACCAAAAGGGUUAGAGUUUACCCCCUUGAAUCGGUCCCCUAGAUCGUCAAAGUUAGGGUUUUUAGCUUCUUGAGAACAAAUUCGGUGUCGAUCUUUUGAGAAUUUGAUUCCGCUGGAUCAACGGUUGAAGGUUGUAAACUUCUUAGUAUAUCGGAGAAAAAUCUAGGGUUUCGUUGCAGUUUAAUUGACUGAUCGAUAUAAUGGAGUAUAGAAGGAAUGAGGGCUUUAUUAGGCCAAAUUUGAAUUCGAGAUUGCGUGAUCCUUAUGAGAAUAUCGAUCGCCGUGAGGCAACGCAUCGAUCUUCACAAAGGAGUGCGAGCCCUCACGGGUUGGCGCCACAGGAUGUGGAUGUGAGUCAAGGGGCUGGUUUUUCCGUGGAAGGGAGGGAAUAUGGUUGGCAUUUGGAUCGGGGCAGGGCGGGUUCCGUGCGGGUUCGGUCUAGGUCGCCUCCGUCACUGGUUCUGGAGGAUGCUCGGAAAAGGCCUCACUUUGAUGAUGGGGUUGGGAUUUCGUCUCGGAACUAUUCGCCGACCCCAUCAACUGAGUUGAGGCUGAGUCGUGAAUUGGUUGAGCAAAAGAAUUCAAAUUUCAAUAAUGAGGAUGCCGGUUUGCACACUAUGCGCGGCUAUGGAUACGAGCAUAGUGAUCCUAGGAUUAGUAAAGAGGACUUCAGUGAUAUUGGUUUGUCAGCUGGUGAUAAACAUCGGUCAUUAGAACAAAAGGCAGUGGUUGUGGAAGACUCUGUGGCACGAGAAGCAUAUCGUUCACCACCAAACCUUGGCCCUACAUCUUUCUACGGGGAUACUGCUGUUAGGCACCUGCCAUCAUUGUCAAAGAAUAUGGAAACCCAGCAGUUUGAGCAUGGAAGACUUCAGUAUCAGGACCCCAUCUCUUUUGCUAGAUUGCCAGUAGCUCAAUCCUACAAAGAUGGAGAAAAACCCAUGUACUAUUUAAGGGAUGUCUCAUAUCACAUGCAAUCAGGAUCAAAUUCCAAGGGGCUUGCCAGUUCCUCAUUGGAAACAUCAAGAAAUGAGUUUAUGGCUUAUCGAGAUAGCCUGCAUUUGCCCCAUGCCAAUGAAUUUAAAAGCCCCAUGAAGCAAACUGAACCGGUAGGUUUGAAUACCUAUAGGGAAAGGCCACUUCUAGAUUCUGCAAGAGACCCUGAAGAUACACAGAGAAAUCCAACUUUUUACCCGAGGACAUAUAGCCCUAAGAGGGAUGAGCAUGAAAAUUAUUUGUACUCUAAAUCACAUGAAAUGGUUGAUGAUCGUGAAUAUCCAGGUGAUAAUUUGCAUAAAAUCAUGGCUCCACGAGGUCAAUUAGACUAUGGUCGUACUCAAAUUAUUUAUGAUCACAGAGAUAUGUCAAGGCUUGGUAUUGCGCAACCUGUAGUAGACAGGAAUGAUAACAUUGAUGGUCUCAAUGGAAAUCUGAGAAAGGAAAAUGCAUACUACCAUCCUGCUUUAGAAAAACAGACAGAUCCAGACUACUUUGAUAUGAGAAGAGAGAAACAGACAGAUCCAGACUACUUUGAUAUGGGAAGAGAGAAACAGACAGAUCCAGACUACUUUGAUAUGAGAAGAGCGCCACAUAUAUCAAAGCAGGAUGGAGAGUAUUUGGGUUCUGGAUUUACACAUGUUGAGCUUGGAAGGACAAUGCCUCAAGAUCGUGAAAUUUUGCAUACAGGAGCAUCAAAAGACCAGCAAAUUACAGGUUUAGAAGCAAAUUAUGGUUUUGGUAGCAAUGCUGGUCCACAGUUUAAAGAAGGAAGGUUGCUCUACACACAUGCUCCUAAGUAUCAGAGUGAAAUGAAUAGGCCAAAUGCAAGAAUGCAAAAUGUGAGGGAUGAGCAUGGAAUGUAUAAAUCACAUGAUAGAGUGGUCAAAGGAAAAUAUAGUAUUCAGGAUGAUGUAAGUGCCUACAAUUCUCGAACAACUUUGUCAGGUAAGUUGUAUUCAUCUAGACAGUACGAGGACUUUUAUGAAACUGGUGAGGAGUGGAUUGAUGAGGAGGCGGAUGAUUUAUAUGCAGCCAGGUCGACGGGAUUUGAGCAUGCAGGAUAUAGAAGGGCUGAGAGGAAAUAUGAUGUACAGGAUGUUCCUGAAGAUUUUGUAUCUGAUGAGUGGCUCUCAUCUCAGGAGUUGCCACAUGCACGUAAACAUUCUGUUGGAUUUUCUAAACCUUAUGGUCGACAUAUAAGGGGUCGCGGAAGACCUGGUUAUAUAAGGCAUCAUAACUCACAACGUUAUGAUAGAAAAGAUUAUCCUUACAGACAGCAGAACCAGUAUGACAAAAGAAAACCUGUUUACAGACAGUACAACCAGUAUGAUAGAAAAAAUCAGCAUUACAGACAGCACAAAGUUUGGAAAAGAAAUGAUGGCUAUAAUGAAGAGUUUCAUGCAGAAGAUGGCAAUAAUAACAGUGAUCCAUCUGAAGAUUGGGUGAACCCUGAAGAGAGUGAGCCCACUGAGGACACUGAGGAGUUUAAGCAACUGGUACAUGAAGCUUUUUUAAAAUACUCUAAAAUGGUGAAUGUGAACCCAGCUGUUCAGAGAAGAUACAAGGAAGAAGGGAAAGCUGGUAGUUUGUUCUGCAUUGUGUGUGGAAGAAGUGCCUCGAAGGAGUUCAUGGACACUCAACGGUUGGUGACACAUGCUUUUAUGUCUCACAAGGCUGGGCUGAGAGCAGAACACUUGGGUCUGCACAGGGCAAUUUCUGUUCUGUUGGGAUGGAGCACUGUUGUUCCCGAUGACACAAUAACAUGGGUUCCCCAGGUAUUGCCCAAGGAAGAAGCUUUGGCUCAAAAGGAGGAUUUAAUUCUUUGGCCUCCCGUCAUUAUCAUCCACAACAUAUCUUUGUCGCACAAUAAUCCUGAAAAGUGGAAGGUUGUAACCAUGGAAGCACUUGAGGCCUUCAUAAGAGGCAAAGGUCUUAUCAGGGGAAGAAUCAAAGUUGUCCUGGGAAAGCCAGCUGACCAAAGUACUAUGGUGGUGAAGUUCUUGGGGACUUUUACCGGCCUGGGAGACGCAGAGAAACUUCACAAGUAUUUUGCAGAGUGUAACCGCGGAAGACUAGAGUUGGAGCUGGCAACGUCAAAUAACAGAGAAAUCAGCAUCAACGGGGAAGCAGGAAUAGUUGAAGAGCAUAUGUUAUAUGGGUACCUGGGAAUUUCCGAGGACUUGGACAAAGUAGAUUACAACACCAGGAACACCGGUUUAGUAAAGAGCAAAAAGGAGAUUCUGGACCUGGCAAAUGCUCCUGUCAAACCUGAGGAGACUUAGCAGCAUUGCUCCAGUAAGAUUAGGCUUAUGCUUUAAGUUUUAUUUCCAUAAGCAGCAAGAAUAUCUGGAAAAAAAAAAAAAAAAAAAAAAAACCCUCUACAUAGAAACACCUCGUUCCAUCGUGCUAGGAGAGGUGUUUGUCUGUCUUAUGUUGAUCUUUUCUGUUUUCUUCUCUAAUAGGAAUUCGGAUAAAUAUAGUGGUGAUCUAAUUUGAUAGUGAUUUGCUGUAGAUAAAAGCGUCUCAGUGACAUUUGAAGUUACCUAAUAUCAAACUUGAUGUAACUUCAUUUUA